UAUUCUUGUCGGAACUACUUUACCACCAUUUUUAGUCAACUGCUUCCGUUUUGUGAGAGAAAUUGUGUAUAUUUAUCUUUAAAGAAUAAUUUAAAUUGAAGACAUGAAAAUUCCAAACGUCGGAGGCUGUGGGAACAAUUAUGUUUUACCAGACUGAUUGUACUUGGACUAUUCGAAACGUUUUUCAUAGUUUUUAUGGUAGUUGAAAGAGUCGAUAUCUGAAUGAAUGAAAGUGACAGUUCGUUUGGCAAAGUGAACUCUCAGUGACAGUCUCGACUGAUUUUUCAAUAUAGAUUUUUGAUAUUUGAAAAACAAUUAAAUUUAAGUAUUAAAUUCGAAAUCCUAAAAUGACUAGUGAAAAGAAAUUUGCCACUCCUCAAGAGGAAAUAUGUUACUGGCGAGAUCAGGCACAGAAAUUCAAGCAAGAACUUGAGGAAACUAAAGAAGAACUUGAAGAAUUUCAGAUCAGUAGUAAGGAAUUAGAAGAUGAGAUGGAAACACAGUUAAAACAGUUUGAAAAAAAGAAUACAGAUCUUGAAUCAAGUAAUUCUAGAUUAAAGCAAGAAACAGAAACCUUAAGGGAUAAAUUAGAAUCUCUUCAAGCUGGUAGUCAUAGAAGAAUAUGUGAGUUAGAGGAUGAACUAGACCAGAUUAGAGUUAUGAAAGAAAAUUUUCAAAAAUAUAUUCGUGAAAUUGAACAAGCUAAUGAUGAUUUAGAAAGAUCUAAGAGAGCAACAGUUGUGUCAUUAGAAGAUUUUGAAGCAAGACUUAAUCAAGCAAUAGAAAGAAAUGCAUUUUUAGAAAGUGAAUUAGAUGAGAAAGAAACAUUAGCAGAAACUGUGCAAAGAUUGCGUGAUGAAGCCAGAGAUUUAAAACAGGAACUCCAUGUACGUGAAGUAAUAAAGAGUCCAGAAGCUGGAGUCGACACACCUCAGGAAAAACUGGCUGAUAGUGGGUACAGUUCGAAAGUAGUUCACAGUGAUCCCGCUACACCAACAACUCCCACCACACCCACCUCAUUACAGGGGAGAGGUCUUCCAGGUAUAAAUGGGAAUCUACCCCAGCCACUUACACCAUCUGCACGUAUAUCUGCUUUGAAUAUUGUUGGUGAUUUAUUACGAAAAGUAGGAGCCUUAGAAUCCAAACUGGCAUCUUGUAGAAAAUAUGUAAAAGAUCCACCUCGUAGUGGUAAACCUGCACCUGGCAGUCCAUUAGAUUCUCCUAGGUCUGACACUUCUCGAGGAUAUAGGUCUGCUGCAAGGUGCCAUAGUCAGAAGCAUGUUAACUGUGCUCGCUGGUCUUAUCAUGGGGGUUCAGUGAAAUUCUGAUCAAAUAUUUUCAAUAUCACAAGCCUACUAAGAAUGAGACGUUUUAAUCGUGGUGGGUCAGUGCAAUCACAAGGCAUGAAGAUCUCAUCUUAGGAAAUAUUAAUAUUAUUAUCAUGACAUAUUUCUCUUUUCUAGUCUUUUAUUAAGGCAUUUAUCAUAUUUUAUCUUUACUUCUUUUAAAUCUGUAGAAAAGUAAAAAUAGCGGUGCCUUUUCUAGUUUAUAAACCUAUUUGAUGUAAACUGCGUAUUAAGGAAAUCUGUGCAAGGUGCCAUAAAGUGAAUUAUAAAGGUGACUGGAUUAAUAUUGGUUUUUGAACAGUAGGCCCUGCUAAUAUUUCAAGAAAAAAUAAUAGUGUAUGCAAAUUGAUAAUAGAAUAAGAGAAAUGAAGAUAAAGUUCAUUAUUUUCCUUGUUCGUUAAUUUUCCUGAUACACAUCAGCAUUUGUUACAGUUCACAAUAUACUUUAUUAGUAAAGAACUAAAUAGAUGUACAGUUUCUGAAUACUCAAAAUAUAUAUUAACUGCUUUAGUUCAGCAUAGAUACUAUAGGAUAUUGCCAAACUUAUGACCAUUUCAAUUCCAUAUCUGAUAGUACCGGUACUCCUAUAAUUUGAUGAAGUGUUUCCAAAUAAUAUGUUAUUAGUACCAGAGGCAUGAAAAGGGGAACAAGCUUUAUGUGCAAGUGUUAAUAUAAAUGACUUUCUGUUAAUAAUUCUGGGCCCUGUUUCACAAAGACUUAAAAAUACAUUAUGGAAGAUUAGAUUAAGAGCUGACAGUUCUCACUAUAAUAGUUAAAUAAUAGAUAAUGUAACAGGAAUACUCUGAAAAUUUCAGUCAAAUUACUUCAGUCUAAGCCAAGAAAUACUCAUUUUAAAAACCUUUUAGCCUUGAUUGUCAUUGUUGCAGUUCUUUGAAAAUAAAAAAGUCUUGAUUAUACAUGUACCUUUUUGC